AUGCAUAUCAACGGAUUACGAUACCAUUACCAGCACACGGGGCCGCAUGGCCGGACGGGUCUCCACCUGCUCUCCCUCGGCCACCACCCCUCCGGCCCCGCCCUCAACCUCUCCUCUCUCGACGGCGGGAGCAUCGACGGCCUGGCUUCCACCGACUCCAUGGACGAUUAA